UGAAUGGCACGAAGUAAAAUCUAACCCGCGUCUUGACAGUUGACACCAACAACCCAGCAUGGUGAGAAGAACACAGCCAUGACCAACAUGGCAAGCUAGGCAAGAGCAUGGUGGCCAGGGUCCGGGGAAAUCAUCGAAAUCAUUUGGGCGCCGGAAGCACGGAGGUCCGUGGAGCAAGUUCGCCAUGAGCAAGCUGGCGCGGUCGGACUCGGAGAAGAGAGCUCCGAGGACCCCGAAGCCGCCGCCCAGGCGAUCCAAGACGAUCGGGCCUUCGCCGCCUAGCAACAGCCCGUUGGCCGGUCCGCCACGCCCGCCUGGUCUACCGCCUCCUGGCGGUCCGCCACGUCCACCAGCUGGUCCGCCGCCUCCUGGGGGUCCUCCGCCACGCCUGCCGGGCGGCGCUGGGCCGCCGCCGAGUCCUGCCAGCAAGGGCCGUGCGCCCGCGGGCGGCAGGAUGCGCCGGGCGCCCGAGAUCGUGGAGCUCUACCAGGCGCUGAUGAGGCGGGGGGAGGCCAGCAGGCAGACGGGCACGCGUGGUCCCAAGGCGCCGGCCGGCGGGUCGAAGGCCGCGAGGAGCGACCUGAUCGGGGAGAUCACCAAGAACUCCCCCCAUCUCGUGGCCGUGCAAGCCGACGUCGACACCCAGGGGGACUUCGUCCGGACCUUGGCCGCCGAGGUCCGGGACUCGAGCUUCGCCAACAUCGACGACGUCGUCGCUUUCGUGGCCUGGCUUGACGAAGAGCUCUCCUUCCUGGUCGACGAGCAUGCGGUCCUGAAGCACUUCGACUGGCCGGAGAAACGAGCGGAUGCGCUACGGGACGCGGCAGCCAGGUACCAGGGGCUCCUGCAGCUGGAGAAGCAGAUGUCGUCGUUUUUCGAUGAUCGCGCGCUCCACCGCGACGUGGCCCUCGACAAAAUGUUCUCCCUUUUCGAAAAAACAGAGAAGAACGUGUACAGGUUCAUGCAGGAACGCGAUGCUGCUGAUGCCAAGACCAAUCUUGUCUCCCGGUACAAGGAGCAAGAGAUCCCGGUAGGCUGGAUGUCAGACACGGCUGUAAUCGUCAAGAUCAAGCUGGCAUGCGUCAACCUUGCGAAGCAGUACAUGGUGAGGGUGGUGUCCGAGAUUGACGGUCUGGGAUGCAAAAACGACGAGCAGAAGAGGGAAACCGCUCUUUUCAAGCGUCUCAAAGAGCAGAAUAGGGAGGUCUUGUUCCAUCAGGGCGUCAAGUUCGCCUUCCGGGUUCACCAGUUUGCAGGAGGGUUCACUGCUGAUAGCUUGGAUACUUUUCGUGAGCUAAGAAGACGGCACACUGAUGGAGCAAACUAAUAACAUGUAACUCACUGGAGUUUUAGUUUAUGUUUUAGAUUUUUUAGUUAAAAAUCUGUAAAUUACCAGAUUUUGAUAGGAAAGCAAACAUUGUAAAUGUCCCCAAAGCGGCCCUUUGAAGUCGUGUGUUACCAAAGAAGAACAGGGUAAUUCCACACCCUGCUUUUUAUCU